CAGUAACAUCAAAUCUAGCUUCCCCUUCGAGUCAUACCUUUCCGCCCAGACAACUUAUAUCUGCAGCUUCGUCCUGUGCCUGAGACAAAGAAUGCUCGCGCAAUCCCUGCGAUCUGCAACCCGUCGGAACAUUCCUACCCUCGUCUCUUCUGUCGCUCGCCGCUCUUCGCCACGCGUUGCUUCCGCUGUAACCUUUUCUCAGCAGAGCCGUACUAUGGCUGGCAUCACCAGGAUCAAGACCGAUAAGGCCGCCCCGCCUGCUGGCCCUUACUCCCAGGCUAUCCUCAAUGGCCAGACCCUCUACGUCUCUGGUCAGAUCCCGGCUAACUCAAAGGGCGAGCUCGUGAACGGUACCAUUGCCGAGCAGACUGAGCAGUGCUGCACCAACGUUGCGGCCAUCCUCGAGGAAGCGGGCUCACAUCUCGACCGCGUGCUCAAGGUCAAUGUCUUCCUUGAUGACAUGGCCAACUUUGCGGAGAUGAACUCCGUCUACGAGAAAUGGUUCACUGGCCGCCCUGCCCGCAGCUGCGUUGCUGUCAAGACUCUUCCCAAGGGCGUGCCCGUCGAGAUCGAGUGCAUUGCUUACGUCCCUACCGCCUAAAGGUGUUCCGAAACUUGAGGGCCGGAUCAAAGAUUGAAAUUUUCAAGGUGUGAGGUUGAGUCUCACCGAUUGAAGUAAAUAUUUUAUUCUGCGCUCAGGAACAAAUAAAAAGUGUCUCCCUCAAAUACAAUUAUCCACUUCGUGAGGUCGGGAAAUCUUCUCUGGAAUCAUAGCAGUUAUUUUGAUAUGGAUAUAUUCUCUAUGAUGGCUACUCUAGCUUGGCCUACGAAAUGCGGCCAGGCGCGCUGUUCUGCAUUCAGGGCCGGUAAUUUUCUUCUUCUUCACUCUCUUUGAGAGCGGAAAGGGGGAAUCACAUCAACGCCGGUGACUAUCAUGCCAUGCCCUCAAAAAGAACGGGGAUAUAUAUCUCUUUCAAAACCGCAGGUUUACC